GUCCUGAGGAGAGAUUAGAAUACCACUCGUGUAAAGGGAGGUAGUUUACCAAGAGAUAGUACAUUGUCGUAUGUCUAUUGCUUUUGGGAGAGAAGCAACUGUUCUUAUUUUGUAAAUUUGUGUUCUUUAUCCCCCCUGCUUUCCAUUACAGAAAAAACUGAAGGAAUCGCCUUUGGUGUAAUUUAGCCUUCGCUAGUUUCCGUAGGAAUGCCCAUCAGCUGACUGACUAGAGAAAAGUCAGAAAGCAGACAAUCACAAACAAAUGAUUGCCAAAUAAAACAUUUAUUAACUGCAGCUAACGCCAUCAUAACUAUGGAAUCGACUCUCGAGCAACAUCUGGAUGAUACCAUGAAGAAUCCAGCCAUUGUCGGAGUUCUCUGCACGGACCAACAAGGACAUAUUCUAGGCUGUCGUGGCUCUCUGUCUGAUGAGCACGGGGGAGUGGUGUCUGUACUGGUCAGACAGGCAGCCGCUCUCACCAGAGACCCUACAGACAGCCCCACAGUGUGCCUGGAGGCAGACUCAGGGAAUAUCCUUGUGAGAACGCAUGGAACCAUCACAGUAGCUGUUCACAAGAUGGCGUCAUGAGGUCACCUAAUGAAGAUAUACAAGGCUGUCUGUAAAGCUGUUUGUUCACUAAUGCUAAAUAAUCAUACACAAUAUAAGAUCUGGAUCUGGGAGGUUGUGUUCAAGUGUCAGAAGAUUGUCGUUUUUCCUUCUUCUUCCACUGUCUGUUUGGCCAGGAGUCAAAUUUAAAAGGAGUCAUUUUUAAAAGUCGAGUACAUACUAUUUGAGUUGUGUUUUGUAUAAGUUAAUAGGGUCUGAUUCGCUUUGGGCCAAUAUUUCUUAUUCAAUACCUGGAUAAGACUUUUUGGGACAUUUGUUCAUCUGCAAUCAGGUCUGGUUUUCAAAUGUAAUGUAUAAAUAUUGUAUAUGUGUUCAUAUUAAAAGCAAUGUAACAAUUUGU